GAAUUGUUAGUUGCUAAAGCUAUUCUUUAUAACUGAUAUAAACAGCGGCCUCCAUUACCCUUUGUCUUCUUCCUUUUUCUUUUGUCAAUUUCAAGUCCUAAUAUAUUUAAUUUUAACUCAAUCUAUAUCUUCUACUUCUAAUUAAAGGCAUUCACUCAAUUUGUAUCUGUAUUGCUUAAUGCAAGCGAUUAGAGAUUAUAUUUCAAUCUCUAAUUUUAUUUUCUAAUCAAUAAUUUAUUUCUUGCGCAUUUUGAUAUGUACAAUUAUUAGAUCUAGACAAUAUAGAGUGCUGGUUAUAGGAUUUUUGAACGAUUUAAAAGCUCACAUUGGCUGGAAAUGGGAGAAAAAUCGAGGUCAAGAGGCUGUUGCGGUUGGUUUAUAGUGGCUGUGGUGUUAGCAGUGGUGGUUGUCGCCGUAGUUUACACAGUUAGAAAGAAAAUCAAUGAUAAAUCCGACGGUGGUGGGCCUAGUCCGGUUCCAGGCCCUCCCGGCGCUAUAGAAAAGAAAUACGCCGACGCUCUUAAAGUCGCUAUGAAAUUCUUUGACGUCCAAAAAUCUGGUAAGUUGGGUGAUGAUAGUAUAUCAUGGAGAGGCGAUUCGGGUCUUAAUGACGGGAGUCAAGCGAAAAUCGACCUGUCCAAAGGAAUGUAUGACGCUGGAGACCAUAUGAAGUUUGGUUUGCCCAUGGCUUUUACUGCAACAGUGUUGUCCUGGGCUAUUCUUGAAUAUGGUGAUCAAAUGGAUGUUGUUGAUCAGUUAAAACCAGCUCAAGAUUCGCUUAAAUGGACCACUGAUUAUCUCGUAAAUGCUCAUGUUUCGGAUAAUGUGCUUUACGUUCAGGUUGGUGAUCCGAAGGUGGACCAUGGUUGUUGGGACAGACCUGAGGUGAUGACUGAGAAAAGACCUCUUACUCAGGUGAAUGAAUCGGCUCCAGGGUCAGAUGUUGCAGCUGAAACUGCUGCAGCUUUGGCGUCUGCGUCUCUGGUCUUUAAGAAAACUGAUCCAACUUAUUCGAGCACCUUGCUUAAGCAUGCUGUACAGCUGUUUAGUUUUGCUGAUAAGUAUAGGGGUUCUUAUAGCGAGAGCAUCCCUGACGUACAAAACUAUUAUAAUUCAACCGGAUAUGGGGAUGAGCUCUUAUGGGCAGCUAGUUGGCUUUAUCAUGCAACAAAGGAUAAAUCAUAUAUCCAAUAUGUGACUGGAAGUAACGGAAAAUCUUUUGCAAAUUGGGGAAGUCCGACAUGGUUUAGCUGGGAUAAUAAGCUAGCUGGAACACAGGUUUUAUUGUCCAGAUUGAUGUUUUUUGAUGAGAAAGACACCUCAAACUCGGACCUUCAAAUGUAUAGGCAAACAGCUGAAGCUGUGAUGUGUGGCCUUUUACCAAAAUCUCCAACAGUCACAACCAGCAAAAAUGACGGUGGCCUUAUAUGGGUCAGUGAAUGGAAUGCUCUGCAACAUCCUGUUGCUUCUGCAUUUUUAGCUGCUCUUUAUAGCGAUUAUAUGCUUACAUCGAGGACUGCAAAGUUAUCUUGUGAUGGAACUUCAUUCAGACCGGCAGAUCUUCGUAAAUUUGCCAAAUCCCAGGCUGAUUAUGUUUUGGGCAACAAUCCAAUGAAAAUGAGCUAUCUCGUCGGAUACGGCGAUAAUUACCCACAAUUUGUGCACCAUAGGGGAGCUUCAAUCCCAGCCGAUGCAACCACUGGUUGCAAAGAUGGGUGGGAAUGGCUCGAUUCAAAGGACCCCAACCCUAACAUAGCUUAUGGAGCACUUGUCGGUGGGCCCUACCUAAAUCAAUCGUAUGUUGAUUCUCGGAACAACUCAAUGCAAGGCGAACCAAGCACUUAUAACAGUGCAGUCAUUGUCGGCCUUCUGUCGAGCCUAGUCACUACCUCCUCAGCAGUUCAAUCCUUCAUAUAAAAUUACAAAGUGUUUAUACAAAUCUAGUAGAAUAUUGUUUGUACUAUAUGCUAUAUUGCACGGGAAAAAAAACGCUGAAACAAAAAAUGUUGAAAUGGAAAACGAUGAGCCAACUCAAACGGAUACUCCUAUGCGACGCUUGUUCACUCGCCGGAACAACCCUAUCCCUCAUCAUUAUUCAGGCUGCAGCAACAACCAACAUGUUUGGUUUGACAUGGACUGAUUGUUUCUUUGUUUUAAUAUUCUUUCAUUACUGUACACAUUAUUAGUUUUGAUAGCAACUUUGUUGAUUGGAUAUUGUUUUAUUUUAUGAAAGGACAAUUUUAUAUGAUUCAUUUUCAGUA